AAAUGUUUGUUGGACCCAAAGCCCCUUGGAGUAUCAAUCUAUGCACUAUUAAUGAGGGACAAGCCAAGGAACAUAGAGUUAGUGCUGAAGUCAACUGUUAUCCGUCCAUUGUAUCUUCUGGACCCGAUACCAUUACAUCGAGUGACAGAGCUUCAUUGUCAUCUGACUCAUUACAUGGCUGUGCACCGGAUACAUCCUUUUCUGCCCCAUUCAUGCCUAAAACUGGCCUACCUUCACAUUCUUCUUCAUCUUCAAACUGCUCAACUGAUUUUGAUAUGGAAAGUCUCGUGACACCAGUGGGAAUGAGGUCCUCAUCCUGUAAAACGAUAUAUGUUUUCCCACGGAUGCCAAACAUGACAACUCCUAAAGGCUGCACCGUGUUGCCCAUGAGUGAUGAUAAAUGGGUUGCUUUCUCCCCUGAGUAGCUAAGUUGGUUGGUUGACUAUACUUUAUAGAAGUCUGUCACAUAGAUACUAUUAAUGAACCUGUCCAAUUGUGUAUUGCACAUAUAUAAAUAUGUGAAUGCUGGAUCUAUACAAGAAAGCUAUAUUUUCAGUCA